AGCUGUAUUACUGUCUGAGCUGCUAUUACAGAAAAGUCAACACCUUCUGACCAAUCAGAUUUGAGAAUUCAGCAGCGCUGUGGUAUAUCUGUUAGUAGGAUCCCAGUUAAUGUUAAUUUAUGUGUGCGACUUUUGACUGUUUUUGCAGGUAAAAUGUAUAGAUACUUGUAAACCUGGUAAUACACUAUGCUUUCAGGUCUGGAGAUUGUGGACCCAGGGCAAGUCAUCUACAGAGAGUCCAGGACCAAUGGAGUGGUGGACAAAGGAGUGAUCCUGGAAUGUGGCCCCACUCUCCCUGAUAUCUACAUCUGGAGCUUUACCAAACCAGGAACCGAGACGAUUCGAGCCGUAGUGUAUAACUUUGGGAAGGGUCCAAAACUCCAGCAACUGGCCAAAGAUUUGGGUGACCUGAACGUCAUCAGUAACAGCGCCUCUCUAUCCAUAGUGAAGCUUCCUCUAGCUGCAGAGGGCUUAUACACCUGCCAGGCUCUGUAUGACACCACAGAUGGAGCCAAGCUUUACUAUUACUAUGUGUAUCUGCGUGUUUUAGUGCCUGUGUCCAAACCCUACAUCUUGUUGAGUGACUCCUCGCCAGUAGAGGGUGUAUCAGUGUGGAUGCGCUGUGGUCUGGAGAAUGGCACAGGUCCAAUUCACUAUGUUUGGGAACAGGAGAACCAUAGUGGGCAGGUCAGCAUACUGGCUGAGAGCGACAGCGAUCUGAUCAACAUCACCUCAGUAAGCCGCAAUCAAACAGGCUGGUUCAGGUGCCUGGCCAGGAACGAGGUCAAUCAGCAGAGUGGUGACCGUAUCUGGUUAGACGUCAUAUUUGGACCAGAUCUGCCUCAGAUUGAUGUAACACCCUAUUCAGUAACAGAUCGAGGAUACUCAGCUCUGGAGAGAGAGACUGUUUCCCUCCUAUGUCAAGCUUCCUCCAACCCUCCCAGUCUGUAUGUCUGGUUCUACAAUAACUCCCAGGUGUACACCGGACCACAGCUCACCAUCACCAAAAUCCUACGAAUGCACACAGGCUACUAUGCCUGUCUGGCCCAGAACACUUACCUGAACACUCGUUCCAAGAAAACCAUCACUCUCACCGUCUACUGUGAGUCUUCUACUGUCAUGACUCAUAUGGAUCAUAUGGCCAUUUCCUGUGUCCAUGCAACCUCUUCUGGUCAACCUCUAGUGUGGUCUUAUCUGAACUUUACUUGUCUAUCAUUCAUACCUUUGCUUCCUAUUAUACUUUCCCUUAUACCCAUGUAUACACAUACACACACUGUUCGAUGUCCACUGACUGGGGAUGUGCAGCAAAAUAUUGUUCUCUGUCUACAACAAGCAUCCACACUGAGAACAAAAAUCAUAGGGCUGUAUUCAGAGCUCUUAGUUGUACAGGCCCUGGCUUCUCUGGAUCAGUUCCCUUCAGAGGUAUUCAAUAAUUUUCUACUCACAGAUCCACCAGAUGGUGUGCCAUCUUGUUCUAUCUUCCCAACUAAUAACUACAAUGACUUAGCGCUCAUCUGUUCCUGGGAGGGGGGUUACCCUCCAGCUACCCUCAACUGGAGUCCAUAUGUGAAUGGAGACAACUCACAAGGUGUCUCUAACAUCACUCGGAUUCAGUUAGGGCCUGAGACGGCUAACAACUCUGCAUUCACCUGCUAUGGCUCACAUGUGGCACUUAGUUUCCCACAGCGCUGUAGCACCAAGACAUGGCUGCCGAAUGAAGAACCCCAGUGUUCUGCAUAUGCGACUCGUAAUAAUGAGUACCUGAUGCUGUCCUGCUCUUGGGAGGGUGGUUUCCCUCGGGCUCUGCUGUGGUGGGCUUCUAGUUCAGGAGAUAUGCAAGGAACAUCUGAGGAGAACUCCAACAUUCUGGUCCUGCGCUCCAGUGCCACCUACAGCGGCAAAGCAUUUGUUUGCCAUGCCAAACAUCCACUGGUUAAAGAGAGCAAGCAGUGCAUGUUAAAAUUGGAAGCUCCAGUGUUAAUGACUCAGCGCAGUGUUGUUUCAGUGUAUGAAGGAAAUGAUGUCCAGCUCACCUGCAUCCUGAGCAAAAACUAUCCUGCGGUCACAGAGAUUACUUGGUACAAUAAUAUGAAACAAAAGGUGGGUGACAGUGGUACACCCAAGAAGUAUGUUCUUCAGCAAGCUGCUGCCUGGUCCAACCUGACUGUCCGGGAAACAGAUGGCAUGGUGGAUGGUGGAGAGUACUGGUGUUCUGCUACCAAUGCUGUUGGAGGAGCAGAGAUUCCCAUCUUACUGGUGGUGCUUAGGUACCCAAUGCCUCCAAAUGUCACCAUCAUUAAGAUUAUGUACAGCAGUCGUCAACGGACAGAUGUUAAUGUGGAAUGGCAGAUCCUGUCAGAUGAUGACUUUACUGGGUUCUUCAUAGAGCGCCAAAAUCUCCCAUUCCCACUCUGGCAAAAAAUGGUAGGAGAUCUGGACCCCAGCAUCCGAAGCUUCCAAAUCACCAACCUGGAUCCCUCUGGCACAUAUGCGUUCCGAAUCACGGCUGUCAAUCGCCGCACUAUUGGACAUCCCUCAGAGGUCAAGAGUCCAGCUCUUCCAGGCUUUAAUGCUUAUCCCGCCGUUAUUGGAGCAGCUAUUGGAGGCAUGCUUGUGGCGACGAUAGCUACAGUACUGCUGUUCAUGUAUGUGGUGAGGAAUCGCAGCAACAACCCACGACUUCAUGAUUUGAUAUUUGGCAGGCAAAACAGCCAGUCUAGAGAAAAUAUCAACUCUCCUGAGGAUGAAGUUGUUAGUGGAUCAGAUGCAGAUGGAGGAGGAGAGACGAGUCAAGGACCAUCUGUGGUGCUGCCACGACCCACCGCAACACCCACAAAUCUCCCCCCAGGAGAUGAACCCGUCAAUGUCACUAUCACUGUCAUGGCCUCGAGCUAG